AUGGACCAAAAGUCCAGCGAGUCGAAGACCGAGGGCGCCAACAAGCUUAAGCCCCUCCGAUAUAUACAAUACGACAGCGCCCGCGAGAAUGAAUACCUCACCGCAAUGCGCCAGCUGAUCUCGAAAGAUCUGUCGGAGCCCUACAGCAUCUACGUAUACCGAUACUUCCUAUACCAAUGGGGGGAUUUGUGCUUUCUGGCCAUGGAUCCCGAUAGCGACAACCUUGUGGGCGUGGUUGUGUCCAAGCUAGAGCCUCACCGGGGCGGGCCCCUGAGAGGUUAUAUUGCUAUGUUGGCCGUCCGUGAGGAGUAUCGCGGUCAGGGUAUAGCUACCAAGUUGGUACGCAUGGCGAUCGAUGCGAUGAUUGAGCGGGACGCAGAUGAAGUCGCCCUCGAAACCGAAGUAGUCAAUACAGCUGCUAUGAAGCUAUACGAACGCCUAGGAUUUCUGCGAAGCAAACACCUGCAUCAGUACUACCUCAAUGGGAAUUCGGCAUAUCGUCUCGUGCUAUAUCUUAAAGAAGGCGUGGGGUCUAUAGGGGCAAACUAUGAUUUCCCGCCAGCAGCUACAAACACCGUUGCAGCUGUUGGGAGUGACCCCAGUCAGUUACCGCCACAAGGACAUUCGAGUGCGCAGACGCUACUUUUGUAG